AAUUACGAAAUAUACAUGUACGGUUUUAAGCAAAGAAUAUAAUAUAAAAGCUGCGUUAGUGAUGGUGGAUACAUUAAUUCGAAAGUAAUCAUCGAUAGAUAAUUUUCUGUUUCCAUUGUUUGACUAGUUCACAGAGAGAAAUUAAAAAGUUCCCACGCUGCUCACAAAGCGCUCAGAAAGUCGUGAAACGUAUCUGCAUACAAAUACAUAUUAUCGUGUUGUAAGAGUGUAUGCGAUGUUACUAGCACUGACUAGUGCCGUCAUCGUCCAACUAUUUACGUCCGGAAUAGUCGUGUUGACAACGAAUUCGUGUAACGUGCUGCUAAUGCAACUCCACAUUUUCGCUUAAAGACAAACGUUGUGGAAAGUCUCGACUUUCUAGCGUUGCGCACGAACGAUGGCAGGGUUUCAGGCAAGCGAUACUAUGCCGAAGUUCGGACACGUAACGGAUCUGCGCGAACAGUGGCUUGUGCGCACCGACGGAGCGCUUGCUCAUCGUUUGCAAGACCGCGAGAUAUCUUCUCACCUCUGCGAGAAUAGGUAUAGAAAUCAACAGAUCCGCGAAGAUUUUCCUGUCGCCGUCAACGAACAGAAAGACCUCGAGCACGAAGCUCGUUUGCGUGAAUAUUCUCGACGUCGGCAAGCUGAAAUAGAUGCAGAAAUCGCACGUGAGAUGGCGGAGAUAAAUUUACGGAGACAACGUCGUCAACGCAAUGAGGAUCUCCAGCAACCAAGUUCAUCUCGAGCACCUAUGAAGACACCUCCCCCUAUAGCCUCUGAUGACUUAAACCCAGAGGAAUUAGGUCUCUCGUCUGCAGAACUAGAGGAGAUAAGAAGACGCAUGGAACAAGAAGAAAGAGACGCAAGGCUUGCUAGAGAGCUGAGUCAUGAAGCAAAUGACCGUGAUGCACUCCUCACUGACAUGAAGUAUGCUGUAGAAGCACAGGAUGGUGAAUUAGCCAGGUUAUUACAAGAAAGGGAAUAUAAAAAAUUGCAACGAGCAAAAGAAAAAGCCAGACAGAAAGCAUUGCUAAAGAAGCAGCAGCGUGUAGCGCCACAACAGCAUUUACAAAGAGACAUUGAAUACCCAAGCCCUCCACAGGCUGAACUCUGUGAUGCAUAUAGCAACCCACGAGAUAUGAUUAAGGAAAAUCGAUUACGUCUUUGUAAAUCAGUUGAUUCAGAUUUGAAUUAUGUUGAGCCAUUUGAGAAAGAACAUAUUGAGUCUCGAACUAGUGCUUUAAAAGCAAAGGAGUUCUCCAAACAGUAUAUCACACAAAAGUCUGAUGUAGUGAAAUCUAAUAACAAUAUUUCAAAUUUACAAUCCAGAUCUUUUGAUAACGAUAAAUGGACUCAUAAUUCUCCAGUUGGUUUACAGCACAGACACCCGCCCCUUCCUCCAUCUACAAGUAAAAAGCCACGAUUUCCUGAUCCUGUUAUCAUCCGGCCUGCUUCGCAUUAUUCUACAGAGGAUCCGACAGAAAAUGGGUCCAGCAGUCAGAACAUAUCUCAUAGCUUUAGUGAAAAUAACAACCUAUACAGUUCCACAUUUCCAUCAGACUUAGGAACUCAUUCUAGACUUGCAUCAGAAACUCAUGACACUUCCAAGAGGUUGUCAGUAAUUUCUGAUAUGACAGCAGAUGAUUUGGUUAAAAAAAAAAAUAAACAAGCUAACAAGGAAAAGAAACGACGCGGUUGUAAAAUACAGUAAGUCACUGACAUAAACUUUUCUAAGUUCAUUAGCAAUAUUAUAAUGUAUUGCUUUAAAAUUUGAAAUGGGGUUGGGUUAUAUGUAAGUGCUGAGGUACCUGUAUCGACCAAUGAGCCAUUUGAUAUAAUUAUUGCAAUUCACCAAGUGCCUUUUAGUAAUAAGAGUAGCAUUAGGAUAACAUUCCAUUUUGUGAUUAUGAUUGAAUAUAUAUAUAUAUAUUGUGUUUUUUAAGUUGAUUUAUGACAUAACAGUUGUAAUUGUUUAGAAUCGUUUCUAAAUAAGUAGGAGCUUAGCAAGAUAAAUUCUAAAUCUACAAUGUUUAUGACUAUUCUAGCUUGUUGUCAUCAAUGUAGAUAAUAACGAAGAAUCUGUACUUAAUCUCUUGAUACUACUAUUUAAGACUGAUUUUAUAAUAAUCCCACAAGAUAUUUUAUUAGUGAAUUUCAUUAUCCAAAAUGGUGCUGGUAAAACAUAUGGGAUGGAAUUAAUUAGAAAUUUUGUAAUACUCUAACCUAUGUAUAAUAAUGAAUAUAUAUGCACUGAAGUGGAAAUAACAUUAAAAUGGUAGUAUAAUUUCUCACUGCUCUACAUACUACCAAUCUUAAUUUCUUUUUUUAUGGCAUAUUUGUGUAAAUUACUUAAUGGCCUAGUCAUUGUUAAUAUAAACAACAGACAAGCCUACAGCAAUGCCACAGACAACCUUGCAACAUAAACAGUCAGGACUGCGGCACCAACAAAUAUGGGCUUUCGUGCAGUACCACCAUUAAAACAUACCUAAUUUAUAAUAUGCAAUAAAGUAAUAUUAUUUUGUCAUAUCAAGUGUUAUUUCAUAGUAUGUAGUAUUAUAUUCUACACUAUCUUAAUAUUUUACAGGUGUAUAAUGUAAGUAAUGUAAGCUUUAAUUGCAUCUGUGGCCACUGAGUGCCCAGAUGAAACCGAACCAAACAUGAAUAGUUAAUAUUUAAUCUAAUACUUAGUGUGUGUGAACAUAAUGACAACACUUUUAUGAUACCUAUUCUAUUAAUUAAUUACAGAAUGUCAUUUUUGUUCUAUUUAUUUUCAUGAAUAAUCAACAUUUGACCAUAAUCAGUGACAGAAUAGGCAGCGGCUUGGCUCUGCCCCUGGCAUUGCUGAGGAUUUACGGCAUCUACAAUACAAAAAAAAAUGAACAGAAAGAAAAAACGAUGUCUUGCAGAUUUACGAGUAUAAUAUGUACAUAGAUUUAAGGACAAUGUUGAUUGUUAAUUGAACUCACUGAAUUAAUAAGUUCAAAUUAAAUCAUCUCAAACUUAGGACUGUUAAGUUAAUAUUUUAAAUUGAUUAUUAAAAUUGUUAACUAUUGUCGAUGUCAAUUUCUACUGAUACAAAUUUAUUCAAUAAAAAUGAG